UCUUCUUCGUCUUCUUCUUCACUCUGAAAUUUUCCAGGAAAAUUGACAGAGAAAAUCUGAGAAUGAUGAGCAGUUAUGGAGGAACAGUAAGUAAAGCAAAUCCAUAGAGCAUUUAUUCUUUCCAUGAAAAUUUUCCUUUUCCUUUUCCCUUUCCCCUUUUCCUUUCCCCUCUUCAAUGAAUGCUUCAGAGCUUCCCUUCCCUUCCAUGGCUUUCUGGCAUUAACUUUCCCGGAUUUUACUUUUGAGUUUGGUCAACCUUUUUCCUUCACAUGAUUAUUGUUAGUGGAGGUCGCGGAGAUUAAUUUGAGCUUCUCUUUGACGUCUUCUUCCCCUUUCACCUUUAACACUCUCUUUAUUCUCCCCUCGUGUCUGCUACUCCUUUAAACGAAUCUUCCCCUUUUUACCUUCCGUCUCCCAUCUCUAUAUUUCUCUCUACAUUUCGCUUUCAAUGGUGUUUCUCAGAAUCUGACAGGUGAAGGAAUUUCUUCUCUGUUUCUCUCAUGGAAGGAAUGGAUUUGUUCUCCAGUCUUCUUGUACCUUCGGUUAAGUACUCUGAACAUCGAAACCACACCAAGCACUUUUCUCCGCCAUUAAUGGCGCCUAAGCUCGUCAGGAUCUCUGUAACUGACGAAGAUGCCACUGAUUCUUCUAGUGAUGAAAAGGAAGAACAACACGUCUCCCGACGAGUCAAGAAGUUUAUUACCGAGAUUACGAUCGAGGCCUUGGGGAGAAGAGACCGGAAGAAGUCCACCGCCGGGAAAUCGAAUUUACGGAAGCCGCUACAGCCGGGAACUAAGAAAUUCCGCGGCGUGAGGCAACGGCCCUGGGGAAAAUGGGCGGCUGAGAUUAGAGAUCCUUUGCGACGUGUACGCAUCUGGUUAGGUACCUACAAUACGGCUGAAGAAGCCGCUAUGGUGUACGACAACGCUGCCAUUCAACUCCGUGGACCCACCGCCCAAACUAACUUCAGUCCUCCGCCGGCAGUGAGCUCCAGCAAUGUCUCCGUUGAGGAGACCAACGACAAUCUCUCUUCUCCGACCUCCGUUCUUCGUUGCCCCUCGCCGUCGACGAAUGAAAAAUCCCCUGAAACUGCUUCAACCGGUAAAGAAACCCGCCGUGCCGACUCCUUCUGUUCGAACUGCGAUUCGUUUUACCCCAACGAUAUCUUCGACUUCCAACCGCCGAUUCCGUCACUAUUCGGCGAUACAGCUCUCAACGACGCCGUUUUGAGGGGCGACUACGGCAGUAGCAUGUUUAUUAACCCGGAUGAUGAUUUCGGGUUCGAGUUAGGAUUCGGGUUCAGACCCUCCACGUGGCAUAUGAGUGAAAAUUCUUUCCAAGACAUCAGCGACAUAUUCGGGUCGGAUCCUCUCGUUGCGCUUUAA